AUGUUACGAAGAAAUUCGGUGACUGUUGAAGAUGCGCAAACUGGUGAGUAUUUUGGGGGGAAAUCGGGAUUUUGAGCAGAAAAAAUUGGAAAAAUCUGACUUUCCAUAGUAAACCAAACUAUAAACAAACCAAAAGGCAUUCAUUUAGCUAUGGGUCAAACUAGAGUAUAGUUUUAUUCUUAUGAGAACUCACGGUGCCCGCAUUUUUGAAGCAUGUGCGGUGGAGCGUUCGUCGGGUUUUUGAAAAUGUUCGUCGGGUUUUUGAAAAUUGUUUUAAAAAUUAUUUGAUCAAAAUAAACUAGUUUUUUUUGCCUAGAUUUUGAUGAGUUAGCUUAACUUUUUUUCAAUUUUUAAAGAUUUUUUUCAUAUAUUUUUCAAAAUUUAUAGAAUUUUUUAAAAGCAUUCUUGCAAUUUAUCUGGGCGAAAUUUGCAGGAAAAACAACUCAAAACAAAAAAAAAAGAAUGAAAAUCGAUUAAAGGCGCACACAUUUUUCGUGAAAUAUCUCGCAGCGACGCAGCGAUUUGUGUACUUCUCCCGGACUUCUUUUUGUUUUUUUUUCGCGAAAAAUGUGGGAGCCCAAAAAACGACGAAUAGAGGAGGAAAAUGUAUGUUUUCUUUUGAAAUUUUUAAUUAAAACUAGAUUUUUGGGCCCAGAUUUUGAUGAGUUAGCCUAACUUUUUUCAAUUUUUCCCCAAAUCCCUCCCCAAAAAACCCACCAAUCGCUUCUAUUUCUCAAAUCCCAAUCAAAAUCCGAAAUCCUCCAAGUUUUCCACGUUGAAAUCCAAUUGUCCAUCAAUAUUUCGAGCUGAAAAUCAGAAAAUUUGAAUUUUUUUGAGUUCUGCUAACUCUAUUUCGGUUUCUACUAGAUUUCUGAAGGCUUUCGGGGGUCUCACAACAAUUUUCCAGCAAAAAAUCUUACCCAAAACCAUUUUCCAUCGAUUUUUGAGUGAAAAAGUCGCUUCAAAUCAUUUUUGACCCUGAAAACUCAAAAAUUUCAAUCAAAACAAUGUUUCUCUAGAAAAAACCCACCUUUUUUCGAUAAUCUUCGGAUUUUCUGUUGGAAGCGAUGAUUUCAGCCUUGUAGAACAUCUGAAAAUUCAAUUUUUGACUGAAAUUCACUGAUUUUCCCCGGAAACCUGAAAACCCGGCGAAAAAAAACGAAAAAAACGAAUAUUCUCGUGUUGCGCUAAACAGCGGGCAAGCGGCGGAGUGUCGUUGUAAAAAAAGCUCUCUUUUCUCCACUGUUCUUUUCCUUUUUAUACUUUUUCAAUUUUAUUUUAUAAUUUCUGAUUUUCAAAAAAAAAAUUGGCGCGCUCUGGUCUCGCAACGGUGCAACUCUUUUACACAUGCGCCUUUAAUUUUGUACCGUAUUUUUUGAAAAUUGUUUUUUUUUUUUUUUAAAAACGUGAACUAGGAUUUUCGUGGAAAAUUUUGCUCAUUUCAAAACUGAAAAAAAGCGGGAAAUUGUGAGUUGAGAGAAUUUUGAUUAGAAAAUGCUCCUAGAGCCAAACAAGCUCAAUUUUUGCUCUAAAAUACUCCAGGAUAGGCUUAGAAACAAAAAAUUGACUUUUUUUAGGUUAAAAAAUGUUCCUGUUACCUUAAAAUGCCCCUAGAACCUUAAAAAACCAUUUUUUUUCAACGCAAAAAUGGUCCUAGGACCUUGUAGAGCCUAAUUUUUACCCUAAAAUGACCCUAGGACCUUAUAGAGCCUAAUUUUUACCCUAAUAUAAUCCCAGGACCUCAAAAAGCCAUUUUUAACGCAAAAAAUGGUCCCUGGACUUUGAAAAGCUCAAUUUUAACCCUAAAAUGACUCUAGGCUUUUAAAAACAUUAAUUUCAACCUUAAUAUGACCCUAGGACCUUAUAGAGCUCAAUUUUUACCCUAAAAUGACUCUAGGCUCUUAAAAACCUUAAUUUUAACGUGAAAAUGGUCAAAACCCUCAAUUUUUGUUCCAGCCGUCACGUCAAAGCUCGAAAAAAAGCACAAACCCGAAAAACUCUUCCUUCGCUCCUCUUCAGUUGGCCUAACUCCAGGACCAGAUGAGCAAAGUCCCUCCGCUUCUUCUUCAGCUCAAAAAUCCCCAAAUCGUCGUGAAUCAAUCAAAGGACAUUUGCUGAAAUUCAAAGCAAAAGCUGAAAAAAUAUUGGAAGAAGUUCAGAAUUCGAAAAAUCUCGACCCGGAAGCCUCUUCUCAUGGAAACAACUCGUUCAUUUCACAAGGUUCCGAAUUGGAGACAAUGCGGGAGGAAUUGGUGGUGGAUGAGCAGGCUGUUAGGUAAUUUUGGGAGGAAAUUUGGAAUCCUGGUGAAAUUUGGAGUCGAAUGACACUAAACAUCAAUAUAAUCUGAGCAAUUUGAAAAAUUUGAGUUGCUACGCAGCGAAUAUUGAUACAUAGUGAGAAUUUUAUAGCUCUAACCCUAGAUUUUUGAAUUCAGCACAAAAUUUGGGCUCGAAAGACACCCAACAUCAAUAUAAUCUGAGCAAUUUGUGAAAUUUGAGUUGCUACGCAGCGAAUAUUGAUACGGAGUCUCAAUUUUAACCCUUUUUGAUUGCUUGCAUCGUUUUCAGCGUCGAAAAUUACCCGGAAGCCGAAAAUUUCAGAACCCUAGUUUGAAAAUUUGGCAAACUCCGUAUCAACUUCACUAUACCCCCUAAUUCGCUGCGUAGCAACCCAAAGUGCUUGGAGUAUAGGCUUGUGGGGUGUCUUACGAACCGGAAUUUCACGAGGAUUCCGAUUUUCGAUGUUCUAGGCUUUGAAAAGCUGUAGAAUUCUUGCUACGUAUCAAAAUUGACUGCGUAGCAACCCAAAAUUUCCAAUUUCUCAGAAUAUAGGCUUGUGGGAUGUCUUUCGAACCGGAAUUUCACGACGAUUCUGAAUUUUGAGUUCUCGGAACCUAAAAACCAAGGCUAGGCUCAUCAAGGUCCAAAUUUUCCAGUGAAACCUCUUCUCAACAAGGCGCCUCUCUCCGCAAAGAAUCUCGCGAUCAAAUGCGUCACAGAAUCCGUCAAAAUGCGCAAAAAGCGGUGGAGCGAACACGUGGAAAUGUUCAACUAAAUCGAAGAUUGGCACGUCGACCUACAGUAGUCAUUGAAGAAUUGGUAGAUCAAAAUGAUAUUGAGGCAAUUGAUGAGCAAAUUGAGAAAACGAUCAAAAUUGGCGAGAAAUUUAUGAAGGAAAAAAGGAAUUUUGAGGAUUUUGAUCGGAAAAAUGACGAGUUUUUUGAGAGGAAAAAUGAGGAGGAAAAAAAUUGA